AGCACAACACACACUUGCCAGGGAGCGUCUCUGCCUGAUCCCGGCAGCUGGGCUCCGAGCACAGCACAUUUCUGCUUCCUGGGACAGUCCCAGGCCUGGAUGCCAAAGCCCAGAAUUCUCAGUCCCUGGGAGAGGUGACAGAGAAAAGGGCAGAAGGUGGCCGGCAGCCGAGGGCAGGAGAUGCAGAGCACAGCCAAUUACCUGUGGCACACGGACGACCUGCUGGGCCAGGGGGCCACUGCCAGUGUGUACAAGGCUCGGAACAAGAAAUCCGGGGAGCUGGUUGCUGUGAAGGUCUUCAACGCCGCCAGCUACCUGCGGCCCCGCGAGGUGCAGGUGAGGGAGUUUGAGGUCCUGCGGAAGCUGAAUCACCAGAACAUCGUCAAGCUCUUCGCGGUGGAGGAGACGGGGGCCAGCCGGCAGAAGGUUCUGGUGAUGGAGUACUGCUCCAGCGGGAGCCUGCUGACCGUGCUGGAGAGCCCUGAGAACGCCUUCGGGCUGCCUGAGGAUGAGUUCCUGGUGCUGCUGCGCUGUGUGGUGGCCGGCAUGAACCACCUGCGGGAGCACGGCGUCGUCCACCGCGACAUCAAGCCGGGCAACAUCAUGCGCCUCCUCGGGGAGGAGGGCCAGAGCAUCUACAAGCUGACGGACUUCGGGGCCGCCCGCGAGCUGGACGACGACGAGUACUUCGUCUCGGUCUACGGGACGGAGGAGUACCUGCACCCCGACAUGUACGAGCGGGCCGUGCUUCGCAAGCCCCAGCAGAAGUCGUUUGGGGUGACCGUGGAUCUCUGGAGCAUCGGGGUGACCCUGUACCAUGCAGCCACCGGCAGCCUGCCCUUCAUCCCCUUUGGGGGGCCGCGGCGCAACAAGGAGAUCAUGUACCGGAUCACCACGGAGAAGCCGUCCGGGGCCAUUGCAGGCACCCAGAGGCAGGAGAACGGGCCCCUGGAGUGGAGCUACGCCCUCCCCAUCACCUGCCAGCUGUCCAUGGGCCUGCAGAGCCAGCUGGUGCCCGUCCUGGCCAACAUCCUGGAGGUGGAGCCGGCCAAGUGCUGGGGCUUCGACCAGUUCUUUGCGGAGACCAGUGACAUCCUGCAGCGCGUCAUCGUCCACGUGUUCUCGCUGCCCCAGGCCGUCCUGCACCACGUCUACAUCCACGCCCACAACACGAUAGCCAUCUUCCUGGAGGCCGUGUACGAGCAGACCAGCGUGGCCCCCCAGAACCAGGAGUACCUAUUUGAGGGUCACCUCUGUGUCCUCGAGCCCAGCCUCUCAGCACAGCACAUCGCCCACACGACCGCAAGGAGCCCCCUGACGCUGUGUAGCGUGGCCACCGAGACCCCCAAGGGCCUGGCCUUUAAGGACCCUGCUCUGGACAUCACCAAGUUUGUGCCCAAAGUGGACCUGCAGGCAGAUUACAACACGGCCAAGCUUAUUCCGAUCCGCCUUACUCUGUAUUCAUGGCAGUGCUCAGCCACGUGGGUGACCAGGAGCCUCUUCAAGCUGGUUCCCCUGCCCCAACCACAAGACUCCCCCGAGACCCCACAAGCCAGCGUGCUGUCCCAGGGGUGCCAUGCCCCAAAUGCACCCUUCUCUGUCCUUCCCUCGAGGUUCAGCAACAUGGCCGGGAUGCCCGAGGUCCAGGAGCUGAAGAGGGCCACGGAGCUGAGGUCGCAGCUGCGGACUUUGGCCGAGGUCCUCUCCUUAUUCUCCCACAACGUCACGGAGAAGCAGACGAGCCUGAGCAGCCUGAGCUCGGAGCUGGCGAAGAGCCGGGAUCAGGUACAUGAGGACAGAAGCAUCCAGCAGAUUCAGUGCUGCCUGGACAAGAUGUACCUCACCUACAAGCAGUUCCGGAAGGCCAGGAUGAGGCCAGGGCUUGGCUACAACGAGGAGCAGAUCCACAAGCUGGACAAGGUGAAUUUUAGCCAUUUAGCCAAGCGGCUCCUGCAGGUGUUCCAGGAGGAGUGUGUGCAGAAGUACCGGGCGUCGCUGGUCACGCACGGCGAGCGCAUGAGGGUGGUGCACGAGGCCAGGAGCCACCUGCGCCUGGUCGCCUGCUCCGUGGCUGCCUACAGCACCGAAGCCCAGAAGGUGCAGGAGGGCCUCAGCAAGAUCCUCGACUGGCUGUCUCUCCAGCUCCUGCAGGACAGAGCAAAGGGGGCCCAGGUCCCCCCCACCCCCACGACUCCUUAUUCCAGUUCUGCACCCAAGGACCUGGGUCUCCAGCUAAAGGACCUGGGUCUCCACAUGGAGGAGCUCUGUAAGGAGAUGAAGCUGCUGGCCUCCGACCUCCAGGACAACAACUGCAUCAUCGAAAGGUUAAGUUGGGUCCAAUCGGCCCCUGAUGUCUGAGCUCCGUGGGUGCAGAGGGCAGCCUGAACAUUAGAAUCAUGGGACCCAACGCAGGACUGUCCCUGUCCCAUCACCAGCCUACCUCCCUCCUGGCCGACCGCUGGGAGAUGCCACAGCAUUACCUUCACUGCCUGUCUGCGGGCAGCACGUGGGCCCCGGGCACCACACAGCUGUCAGGACCCACCUGACAUCCUACGUGAGCUCGGGCACAGCUCCUCCGUGGCCAGGCGCACGCUCCCCUGGCACCCACGUCUGCACAUGGCGGGGCCCCCGGGAGAGAGUCUCUGACAGCCUCUCUCCCCAGUUUACAGGGCGCCGCUCCUCAGGGAACAGGAGAGGAGGCCCCACGGGGGUUCCCCAGGGUGCUGGGCCACGCGGCCUGAUCUCAGUCUUCCUUCCCCUUGUGGUGUUUCUUUCUUGUUGAACAUGGAGCCCUCUCCCCUCUCUGAUUCCUGAGGGUCACACACUCGGCCGCAGGCAUCACAGAGUCUGACUUGCCUUCUGCUCUGGGUCUGGCUGAGCCCUAGGGUGAGAGAGUGGGUGGUGGGGGCGCCCCGUCCAGGGACCUUCCCCUUCUCUCUCCCUCGGAGGCACCGCCAGUUCUGGGAUGUCAGCCAGCUGGUCAGGAAUGGCCAUGCAAUGAGCACAGGCCUGUAAGCCCACAGCCCCGAGGGGAGAAAGGCCUGCGCCUUUAAGAAGUGCAAUAAACGUGCCUUCCUUUCUGUU